AUGAAAAAUUAUCUAGGAAAUCAAAAACUUAAUAAAUUACCUUCAAGGUUGAUGUACGCUAAUUUCGAUAAGGGUGAUAUUGGUUGUGAUAAUUUUUAUUAUUACGAGUUGGUAAAGCAACGUUUAGAAAGUGUACAGUUGCAUAAUAAUUCUUCUAACAAAAUACUUAAAGGGUUAUGUUAUGUAUAUAAAACAAGUGCACCAAGGAACAUUGAUAGAGAUUCCUGUUAUUACCUGUACUUCUGGUUAGGUGAUGUAUUAGAUAAAAAUUUAACAGAUAGAAGGUUCUUAUACUCUGUUAUGGAUUCACUUAAAUUUAUUUUAAACAAUGAUGGGACACAAAGAAUAUGUGAUUUUAAUAAAUAUAAUAUGACUCAACAAAAUUUUAUGGAUAUUAAGAAUUUAUUUGAUCUUUCAAAGGAUUAUAAUGAGCUUAAAAAAUAUUUCAAUUCACCUAUUAAUUCUUGCAAUGAUAAGUUUAAGAUAAAUCUUGAUGGGUAUGUCAUGAUAUAUAGGCGGUGUCAUAACAACUGUAAUGAACAAUCAGGUAAUCAUGAUGAUACUUGUAGAUUUUUUAAUCAAUAUUUUAGUGGUAAAGAAAAAAUGGAUGUCCUUAAAUGGACAUGCAAUUCAGAAGAAAAUGGAGAUACUUUAUCAACACCACAAGUAUAUCAUGGAGAUGUGGAAAAACCAAGUGCUUCUGGAGGAGUACAAAGAAUAGGUGCUCAGAUUCAAUCGAAACCAGAGGUAGAGGAAGAAUUAGAUAAAGAGCUAGAGCCACAGCAGCAGACUGAGGAACAGGAAAAAUUACUUAGAACAGGGUCACAGGAAGGUCAUAAUAUGGAAGUUGAAUUAAGAAACACACAUAAAGAAGCAGGCGGAGCACAUUUAAAAUAUGAAAAUUCAGAACAUAUAAAUGUGUAUUCUACAGAUCCAGAAUCGAGCACGACUAUAGGUAUUUCAGAUGGCCCCUCAGCUUUUUCAUCCCCUAAAAGUAUGGUUAUUGCUCCAUUAGUUAUAGGAAUUACAGUU